AAUAAAACGCACAGAUUUGUAGUUAAGAGAGAGCUUAACAAGUUUUCGUACGUAUAGAAGUGGUGUCGUUGCAAAAAAAGUAUAAGGACUUUAAAAGCUGAGCAAGGACAGGAAGUUAUUUGUAUUCAGCAGUCAGAAGAUUAAAAAGCAUUUAUUUUGUUAAGAUCGCCGAGUUACAAAAAAGAAACGUCCAUGCAUACAACCUCUAAUUGUAAGAGCGACGGAACCAUGAUUAAUAACAAGAUACGAGUGAUGUGUCGAGAUACCUCAUCGGGCAAACAACAUGAAGAAAACAACAAUCAGCAAAUUGUCAUUCAAAUCAGGGUAAUGGAUAUAUUCGUCGAAGAGAAUAAUGAAGAAACGUCCAUGCAUACAACCUCUAAUUGUAAGAGCGACGGAACCAUGAUGAAUAACAAGAUACGAGUGAUGUGUCGAGAUACCUCAUCGGGCAAACAACAUGAAGAAAACAACAAUCAGCAAAUUGUCAUUCAAAUCAGGGUAAUGGAUAUAUUCGUCGAAGAGAAUAAUGAAGAAAACAACAAUCAGCAAAUUGUCAUUCAAAUCAGGGUAAUUGAUAUAUUCGUCGAAGAGAAUAAUGAAGCCAAGAUACAAAUCAUACUGUCUGCCUUGACUGUCUUGCUGUCAAUUGUUAUGAAGACAGCCUCUCGUACACUAUUCAACUACAGUGCAAUUUUCAAACAAGGAAACCUUCAUCUGGAAUAUGUGUUUUCCAGAGUAACAUCGGCUCAGCGUGUCUUGAUCACUUUAUUGUUUUCCCUAUGGACGUACCUCAUUAGCGACAUAUUGAAAGGGAGACAAGAUGAAUCUGAAGUGGUUACACAAGAAGGCCUUUCCUAUGCCUUAGAAGAUGUCAGUUAUCGGAUGAUUUCGUCCGUAAACAUUUUCCCUGAGACAAUCAGAAUGUUCGUGCACUUGCCAAUCCUUAAUAAUCGGGCUGAAGAUAUUUCGGAAAGAACAAUAAAAGAAUCGUCUAAUACUCGGCACUAGGUACAGAAGCAGCGAUAACGUUUCUAAGGAACAUAGAAAGAUACUUACGAAAUAUGUUAACUAACCGUUUGUUUAAAAUCAUACAACUGUGACAGUGUUAUAACAAUACCAAUACGAUGCAGUAUCUACUUGCUUAAACAAGGUCUAACAACAAACACGGACUAGUAAAACAGAUGUUAUCAUUGUACGAAGAAUAUUAUUUUCUAAAUUUCUUAUAUACUUGCAUUGUGUUUUGUAAAGGUGUAAAAACUAGCUUUGAGAAUUAAACAAGUCGAAUAA